AUGCGUACGAGGGAAGGAUUCCUACCACGCGAUAAUCGCAGAACGUGUCUUCAACUGUGGCUUUCCACCCGUGAAGAGCGUUUCGGAGCUGAAGAGGACGACCUUCUCGAUGUCAAAGAACACAUUGAACUUAUGCGGCAGUUUGCCCUCUACGAAAUUCGCCUUAGUGGUGCUCCCGUUCGGCUAUGGGAUGGUGUGUUUCCAGAUAAAGCAAAUACUAUACUCCGACAACAUGCUCUACAGGGUGAUCUCACUGAAGUUCAUACAGCUAUGUGGUAA